AUGCAGUGGGGCCACGCGUUGAUUCUGCUCGUUUCCGCGACCGCCUUUUACGUCGUUUCCGCUGAUUGGCGGACCUACGGAAAGAUUUGGAGCAAGGACCAUGGAGGCGAGGCGAACCCGGACUUCAGAGGCCACUACAAAAUUGUAAGCCUUGUUUUUUGAAGGUCAUUGUAAAGAGGAUACCAUAUACAAUGAAACGUUGGUAAAAGUUCCUUAUUUUGGCCACAACUUAUAACUUUGCGGAAACUGGUUGGAAUUAGCCCAAAUUUAGCGUGCACGCUCAUUUCAUCGUUGUCAAUGCCCGGACAGUGGAUUUAGUUAGUGAGGUACCUUCUUUUUUACGUACCACCUUACCCUUCAAAAAGGGCUGCAGCCUGCGAUUUUACACUUUAUACGAUGAAACAUGUCCGGAACUAAACUUAUUGCCUCCGUAUGGAACUAAAUGAGUCGUCACAGCCUUCAUAGGUACCCUUAAAACUAUAUUAUAGUAAUCCAGUGCCAGCUAGGUCAAAGCGUUUUUUCCUAACUUUAGUGCCCAAGCUUGGGCGCAGUUCGCGGAGUACCUUUAUUGUGGCCAAAAUAAGGAACUUUUUCCAAAGUUGGUUAGACGUUGGGACAGUUGGCGCUUCGGUUCAGGCUUCUAUUUUUCCUGGACGCAGCUUAAAUUGGCUUUUCACUUUAACACUCGUUCCUACUUGAUUUUUCUUGCGGUGUACUGACUGAAAGUUCGCUAGGAAUGAGGGGGCACAGCUCGGAAAAUUUGCACGGGCGCAGCUAGCGUCUUUGUCGCAGCUCGGAAACAAGCCGAAACGUGGCACCAACGUCCCCCCUUUUCUUUUUUUAGCGGACCUUUCCGCAGCGGACCUUUGCGCCCUCGUGGGGCGGGGGAGGGUUUUCGAUGGCACUGAUUUCGAAAAUCGUAUCCAUUUUUUCUGAAUUUUACGAGCACCCUACUAUUUUCAGUUAGCUUUUAGCUUGCAAUUAGGUCGUUGGCCUUAGCACAAAAAUAUUUUUUCCAAGCUGCGCCCGAACCUCCAUUUAGAUUCCGCUGACCCGCAGAGUCUUUAUGACUGCCGAGGUUUUGAAAUAACUCGAGAAAGGUGAAAACGUACAAAUCGUCCUUCAAAUUGGAGCAUUACAAUUUUUUUUUUUGAUAAUUUCAGGUCGAAAUAUUUAUUUUUUUCGAUUUAUUCUGCAGCCUGCGGGAAAAGAAGGGAAUUUUUUUAGCAAACUGAAGGAAUAGUUCUCGCAUAUUUAUAGAACGUUUUCAUCGAACCGGACCAGUUCCUCGCUUCGUGUGGUAAGACCAAGGCUGAUGCAAAAGGAAGAUACGAUAUCACCUGCACCCCGCUAAUCGUUCCAUUUACGGAUCCGGGAAAGUUGGUGAAAGUGUAAGGAAUUUCAAGUAUUUAGGCAAUACUUGUUUUGAUUUUUUUUACAAAAAAAAAAAUAAUUUUUCCAAGCUGCGCCCGAGCCUUGGGCUGAAACUGUAUUUGAAAUAACCAUUGCGUUUUUUGCAUUCUAUGAUACUGUAGUCCGUAGAAGAAAACUUGAAAUUGCUUUUUUUCAGGCAUUACAAAAAAAACUUUUUUCCGAGCUGCGCCCAGGCCUAAAAUUGAGAAUGGUUCUGAAAUCGUAGUCCUUCCAAGGAGAAGUCACGGACUUUCCAAAACGCCACAAAGUUCUGUUUUCAGACCUCAAAAUUUAGGUUUAUCAGAUCGUUGGUGUAUUGGAACUGCACAAAUUCACGCUUGAAAAUAAUAACUUUCUACAAUUUAAUGGGAAAAAGGCAGAUGUGAAUUUACAAUUAGGUAUGCAACAGAUAAAGAAGUCAUUUGCCACAUUUUAGGCGAAUUUAUUGAUACUACCUUUAGCAUUCCUAUACCAUAUUACGUAUGUUGCCCUACUAAAUACCGACGGCGACGUUCUUCUCCUAGCACGAUUUCAUGGAUUUGCUGUUUCUUUAUGUCGGAAUGUGGACACAACUUACACCGGCGAGACUCUUGA